ACCUGCGUUCCCACUUGUCAGUUUACCGCCGCCGCGCGCGCUCUCCUGCGCACACGCAUCGCAUCUCGCGACUUUCGCUACGUUUCGCCCAUUUGUGGACUGUUAUUGACGUUUUGUGCAACUGUGCGGUGUGUUUUUGGACGUUUCGGUGGUUUUGCACUUUGGCUUGGAGAUUUAAGAAGAUGCGGCUGAGGCGAGACGUGGCUAUAGGCGUCCUACUCAUAUUACAUAUGAGUGGAACCCUCAGUGACCAAUCGUCAAACGAAAGCGGCGGCGGUGGCGGCAAUGCUGGACCAGACUCGAGUAGCGCUGCAGAGCCUUCAGCAGACCAGCUAGCCAUGGAGUCAGCUGAGAGGGAAACUCCAAGCCAUGCUUACAAUGGACCACCGCCGCCAGCGCCGCCCCCGCACAAUAGACGGCAGAAUCCACCGCAUCAUCAGGCCCAUCAUCCUUUAGGUAUGCCCAGGAUUCCAAAUCAUCAUCCAAUCCACUCGAAACCAUUUGCGUUGGGCCCUCCAGUGAGCCACCACAAGAAUGAUAUCGGGCCUGGUUUCCGCGGACCACCACCACCUCCUGCACCCGCCGCCGAUGCACAAACUUCGGCUAGUGAUAAAGUCUUCAGCGGCGCAGGAGAUGUCUGGCCAGCACCCGCUCCAGACAUGCCCAAAAUCGUAUCCCUCGAUGUCAAGUGUGAGAAAAACGCUAUGCGUGUAUUCCUCAGCUUCGACAAGCCUUUCUUCGGUAUCGUAUUCUCAAAGGGACACUACUCCAAUCACCAAUGUGUGCACCUUCCACCUAACCUAGGAAGAUCGUCAGCUUCAUUCGAAAUUGGUGCACACGCUUGUGGAACAGCUGGAAGUGGAGAUCCAAGAUAUAGAGGAGACGUAGCAGCUGCUGGAACAUACUUUGAAAAUGUCAUAGUCAUCCAAUAUGAUCCACAAGUGCAGGAAGUAUGGGAUCAAGCUCGCAAACUACGAUGCACGUGGCAUGACCAGUAUGAGAAGGCAGUCACUUUUAGGCCAUUCCCUGUUGAUAUGUUGGAUGUGGUUAGAGCAGAUUUUGCCGGUGACAAUGUUGGUUGCUGGAUGCAAAUCCAAGUUGGUAAGGGACCAUGGGCUUCUGAAGUAUCAGGCUUAGUAAAGAUUGGUCAAACUAUGACAAUGGUGUUAGCUAUAAAGGAUGAUGAUGCGAAAUUCGAUAUGCUUGUACGAGAUUGUGUGGCUCACGACGGUCAACGCGCUCCUAUACAAUUAGUCGAUAGGCGAGGCUGUGUAACAAGACCGAAACUGAUGUCAAGAUUCACCAAGAUUAAGAACUUUGGAGCUAGUGCUAGUGUACUGUCAUACGCUCACUUCCAAGCGUUCAAGUUCCCGGAUUCGAUGGAGGUACACUUCCAAUGUACUAUACAGAUAUGCAGAUACCGUUGCCCCGAUCAAUGUUCUGAUGGUCAUAAUGUUAUUGCUCCUCAUGCUGAAUAUGGACCCCCGCAACUGGACGCUUAUACUGUUGGAGCAGAAGCCAGACGCGAUGAAAGGAGAGUAAGAAGGCAGCGACGUGCGACAUCUCCCGAGAAAGAAGUCGGUGUGAACCGAGUGAUCCGCGUAGUAUCAGCUGGCGACUUGAACUUGGAUGCAUCUGAAGAAACUACUGCGCCGAAAAUCGUGCCAACGCCGGGUCUAGUGUGCAUGACUACGCCAGGUUUCGCAGCUACUCUCGGAGCCCUUCUUGCCACAUUGCUGUGCUCUUGCGCUGUGUCAGCAGUCCUAUUCAUCAAACUGCGACCAAUGACGUCACUGAAGAAGAAGACGGCGGCCAUCACGACGAUAGCCCGGCCGCACCCCCCACCCCCUCUACCGCAUGUAAUUUCAAAGAGCCGAUUCUACUCGUAACAAUGCUUUAUUAACUCAAUUUGUACAUAUUAGUGUGAUGAGACUGAAGUAUAUAGACCAUGCCAAUAUUUAUGUGCAUAUCGCAGUGCUCAAUUCUACUGGAUUUGCCUGAAAAUUGUCUAGUAUUAAAUAUAAAUUAAUUGUUAAUUUAUUGAAGACGCCGUAUAGAAACUUCAGUUAAAUCAGUUUCCUAUUUAUUAUCAUAGGAUUUAACAAAUUAUUCGCGUGUAUUUAGGGUGAUUUUUGAAUACGAGAUUAUAACACAUUGCAAAUUCAGUCCAUUGUUAUAAUAGUAUGGAGAUAGAACAAAUAAUAGUAAACACAUUAUUUAGUAUUACAUUUAAUAUAAGUACAAUCUUCUGUUACCUCUUUACAAAUAGUGGUUUGAUUUAGGGGCAACGGAAAAUACCUGUGGUAUAUCAUGAUAUAGGUGACCGCUAGUAUAUAAUUUAAAAUAACUUGUCAUUAGUAUUAAUAUUAUUUAUUUUAGUUAAGUCGCUGUAGUCAUCGCUAUGUGUAAUUUAUUUAUUUUAUACCACCUGAGUACCUCUUCUUCUGUUGUUUAUUUAUUUUGUUGCUGUAUUCUUCUGAAUGGGAGAUCUUCACUCUUGAGAUGUAAUAUAUAAGUGUAGCGUAUCGUAAGACAUACAAUCACGAGACAUUAAUGCAUACUUUAUAUACAAAAAGCACCACAUCAGUGACGUUUAAGAGCCCGGCUCCAUUGCGCGUUGUCGCUCCGAUGUUUUCCGUAGAUUUGACAUUGACGUGCCUCGACGUACGUCGAUACUCCAUACAAUUCUGCGUUGAUCCGUCGAUGGACGUAAAAACAACGGAAGUCAACGCAGUACGCAGACGCAGACGGGGCUGAGCUCUAAAGGUUGCUUAUGACCAUAUAUUACGGUGUUUGCUUACCAUCAGGCAAGCGGCAUUCUCGCUGGCUUAUUAAGCGAUAAAAAUAACAAAAUUGAAAAUUCACAUUUCUUUUUAGAGUGAUGAGCUGCCAUAACGAUGUUAUUGUUGCCAAGAUAAUAAAUGUUAUGACGACUGUUGAUUUAUAUUACAAGUUUCUAUUUUUAAAUGUUUAUUUAUUCAGUGUAUAGUACAAUAGAAUCGUUGAAAAAUCAUGUCAGAAUCUGUAUCAGAAAAUAAUUUGAAGAAAUUAAACUACACUAUGAAA